AUGUUGGUAUUGAACUCGCCUCACAAUCCUGUGGGAAAGGUCUUUUCUGUGGAGGAGCUGAGUGAAAUCGGAGAGUUGUGUGUUAAGCACCGUAUGAUCAUCAUAUCAGACGACGUAUACGACAGUCUGACUUAUGUGCCGUCCAAGCGCAUGGCCACACUCUCACCAGCCAUCUGGGAUUUGACUCUUACGGUUGGCUCCUGUGGCAAGACUUUCUACGCUACUGGCUGGCGAGUUGGAUUUCUUAUCGGGCCUGAGCAUCUAAUCAAAUACGUCAGCGCCGCGCACAUGCGAAUCUGCUAUUCUAGCCCCAGUCCUUUGCAGGAGGCAUGCGCAUCUGGAUAUGAGCUUGCGAACAACUUCGGCUUCUGGCAAAAGUCACAGGAAGAUAUGAAGGGCAAGAUAAGGCGGUUCACACAAGUGCUCGAUGAGCUGGGGUUGCCCUAUACCGAUCCACAGGGAGGAUACUUUGUUUUGGUCAACUUCUCGAAGGUCAAGUUUCCAGAAGACUACCGCUUCCCUGCUCACAUUGAAUCGCGCCCGAGAGACUUCAAAUUGUGUUGGUUUCUCAUCGUCGAAUUCGGUCUGGCUGCUAUCCCACCAAGCGAGUUCUAUUUGGCCGAGAAUUCUCACGUGGCCGAGAACUACUUACGCUUCGCUAUUUGCAAGGAAGACCAUAUCUUAGAAGACGCAAAGGACAGACUUAGGCAGUUGAAGAAGUACAUCCUAUAA